AAAGCCGGCGACCCAUCACCGUCGACGUGGAAGUUCAAGGAACUUCCUUGAGCAUGGAAUUGGACACGGGAGCCACGGUGUCCAUAAUACCGAAGCAGCAGUUCAAGAAAUUUCAGCCUCCUUUGAAGCUUGAACCCACCGAGCUACGCCUCAAGACUUACACCGGGGAAGUCGUGCAACCCUGCGGUUUCGUCAAAGCGUCCGUAAGAUACAAGGGUCAAGAGGACGUUCUACCCCUCUACGUAGUUGACCACAAUGGCCCGCCUCUUUUGGGCCGCGAGUGGCUCACACGUCUUCGUCUGGACUGGGACAACAUCUGCGGCGUACACAAGCUGUCGGACCCUCAUCGGUCUGAUGCAAGCAAGAAGUACGAGGCACGCCUAAAAGAACUUCAAGCCAAGUACAGCCGCAUCUUCGACGGCACCCUUGGCAAGAUAGAAGGAGCGGCCCCACAUGGUUCCACGCAACAGUACUGCAGCGGACGGGACCAGUGUCCUACGUGGUCAAGGUGCGGACACCGGAUGGACUCCGUACUUGGAGGCGACACAAGGACCACCUGCGCUCAGCGUCUACUGCAGUGACAGCGCCGUCCCUUGUGGGGGAGGACGAUACCGACACCAUCUAUCCUGCGUCUGAAGCCGACGUACCACCUCCGUCUACUGUCUCCGCAAGACAAACGGUGCCCGUCACCCCCACUAACGCUGCGCCUCGGCGAUACCCACAACGCCAGAGAAGACCCCCCGAUCGCUAU